GACAGCUCCGUCGCUCCAAUUCAGUCCGGGUCGAUCAUCCGUGGUGCUCACCUGAGCUUACCCUAUAACUCAGGUCAACGAGACCAAUGCUAACCGCUUCCCAGAAUGAUCAUAGUUCUUUCAUCCAUUGAUUCAGGUUCACUGGCCCUUCUCAGGGGGGUAUUUUCCUGGUCAAACGAUGUCUCGCCAUUAUAGAUCUCUUGCAUCCUCCGGCGUCGUCAACUUCCUUCCCACUUUGAUACACUAUGGGGUCUGCAGCGUACUCGGAAGAACGGCAAUGCUAUUGGAGUCAGCGUCAUCCAGUGUCCCGCGCGUCCUUUAACUCAUGAGGUCACCAACACUCCCUGGCAACAUUGCACACUAGAUACAACAUUGAAACCGCUCAUCUACUGCCAGGAACCAAACCUUGAUACUACUUCUCUAAGCUAUGGCGCCCACGUUGUUAUGGAUUGGCCUCGGCAACAUGGGCCGAGGCAUGUGUAAAAACAUUGUGGAAAAAGCAGAUCUCUCGUCACCACUACUCUUGCACAACCGCUCGGUGCAACGUGCCGUCGACCUCAGCAACAAGCUCAGUUCCGACAAGACGGAAGUGGUGGAAGAUCUGGCGGCUGGCGUGAGCAAGGCUGACAUCAUCUUCACGUGCGUGUCCAACGACGAGGCGAUCAAUGCGACCUUUGAAACGAUGCUACAGGGCCAUGUCAAGAACAAGGUCUUUGUUGAAUGCUCGACGGUGCACCCCGAGACCACAGAGGCUCUGGCAAAGGCCGCCACGGCUGCAGGCGCCGAGUUCGUAGCCGCCCCUGUCUUUGGAGCACCGGCAGCGGCCGAGGCAGGCCAGCUCAUUGGGGUGCUCGCGGGCCCACGAGCGAGUGUCGACAAGGCCAAGCCGUACUUCAAGGGCGUCAUGGCCAAGGCUGAAAUCGACAUGACCGACAAGCCCUACGGCCAGGCGUUGAAGCUCAAGGUUCUGGGCAACACGUUCGUCCUCGCCAUGGUGGAGCAGCUAGCUGAGGCGCACACUGUAGCCGAGAAGUCGGGGCUGGGCACAGAGUAUGUCAAUGAUUUUGUGCAGGCCCUCUUUGGCGGGCCGUACGCUGCCUACAGCUCGCGCAUGCUGGGUGGUGCGUAUCACAAGAUGAAGGAGCCGCUCUUUGGUGUCGAUCUCGCGAGGAAGGACGCUCGGCACGCCAAGAGUCUGGCAACCGACGCUGGAGUCCAGAUGAAGAUUGUUGAAACUGCCGAUCAGCAUCUAGCCCAAGUUCAGGAGCAUGCUGGAAGCUUGGGGGACAUUGCUGGCAUAUACGGUGCUGUGAGAAAGGAGUCUGGCCUAAAGUUCGAGAAUGAUGCCUAAAGACGCGGGGCUAUGUAGCCUCGCCCGUUGCAAUGCAGAAUUUCAGUGUAGAUAAUCGCCGACGAGCUCAAUCUAGCUUGCAACUGAUUAUCCCCAGAAAAGUGUCUGGUGAAUUAUCUGAGAUGGUUCACAGACGCGAAAAGGAGCUAUCACGGCCAUCAGACCCCUGUCGUGGAUGACUAAUCUCGACGUCAGCUCCUUUGCCAGCGGCGGUUGCACGUGGUAGCCAACAUCACCU